AUGGGCCCCCAGAGUCUCACGAGCAUUCUGCAGCACAAGCUGGCUACCCGAGACUAUCUCGAGCAUCACAAACUGAGUGUCUAUCUCGAAGAUGUUCUCAUCAAACUACUGGAAGACCGUCCCGAGAAGCCCAUGAACUACCUUUACGAUUAUUUCGAGAGUGUGCGCCUUGGGACGAACAUCUUGCUUCGCGACUUUGAAUACGUCAAAGCAACGACCCGCAACCGCAUUUCGUUUGCGCAUCUCUUGGAAAGCAUCCUCAACUCCAAAGCAGAUCGACAUACGGCUCUCGAGCUCCACCAACUUGCUGAGCUGAUCUGCACCGAUUUUCCGGGCGAGAUCGUCGAGAGGGCUGCCGAGAUUGCGAGCUAUUCUCUCGGGCUGUGCAUCCCAGACCUCUGGCACCACCCAUCGAUGCAGCCGGACAAACAGACGGUUCAGCUGCCGAUCCCCGAGUUCAUCAAGGUGUUCAGGACAUAUUUUAGCUUUCUGGAGUUCUUUGAGAUGUGCGAGGAGAUCUUGCGCGAUACUCUGUCGACCUUCCACCAGAACAACCUCAUGGCUGGUCGCCAGCACGUCAACAGCGACGAUGUGUUCACGGUCGAGGACAUCUCGAUCCUGGAAGACAUCUAUGUCGACUAUCUCAAACGAAGGCUAUGCCGACUGGAAGGAUUCAGCGUGCUGGUUCUUCCGCACGAGCUCGCAGUCGAUAUUGUCCACAGGGCCUUCCAGACCGAGCGUGCUGCCCGGGUGCCUUCAUACAGCAGCGCCUCGAUCAUCUACUUUCAGCUCACACGGGAGAUCGUCGACAGCCACACAGUCCAGGCGCUGAUGGAGCGGGCUGUGCCGAUCGCCGCUCUGACCCAUCGAUGAGUGCCGUCGGCGAGAUAGCCGCGGGACGGCCGUGGGACAAAUGGCAGCUCCUCACUGCUCAACGGAGCGGAGGAGGCGAGCAUUUGCAAGCCACGCGCGAGGAAUGUUUCCGCACAGACGAACCACAUUAUAGGAUGGAAACCACAAAAUGAGGCAGAUAAGGCGGUGGAACGAGUCCUUGAUAUUCCAGCUCCCAGCAAGAGCGAGAGCCCAUGGACUGCGACGGAUCGCAGCCGGUCAGCGCCCAUGCCAAAGGAAC